AGCUGCCAUCGCCUCCCCUGUGGGCCCCACAACCACUCUGAGUCUCAGGUGGCCAAGGGCAGCCCUGACAUGCCCCUGUGUCUCUCUCCUGCCAGGCUGGAAGGCCCACACUUGAGCUGUUUGUACCCAGAAGGUGUCUUCUAUGACCUGGACAGCUGCAAGCCCUUCAGUUACCCAGAUUCAGAUGGGGGCCCUGACGCCACCUGGGGCUGGACAGAGGCCCCACCUGCCCCCACCAUCGCCCCCUAUGAAGUCUUCGACCCCGCUACGGCUGCCUUCGCCCACUCCCAGGCUGUGCAGCUCUGUUACGGUCAUGGUCUCGGCCCCUCUGCCUACAGCCCUGUGGGGACCCUAGACCCAGCCCCCAGCUUGGAGCCUCCAGGGCCUGGCCUCCAGGUGUACCCCUCAGAGGACUUCGUCAGCCAGACCCUGGGCCCCUUGGCUCCGUACCCCAGCCCUGUGCUAUCAGAGGAGGAAGACAUUCUGCUGGACAGCCCUGCCCUGGAGGUCUCGGACAGUGAGUCAGACGAGGCCCUCUUGGCUGGCUCCGAGGGGAGGGGAUCCGAGGCAGGUGCACGCAAGAAGCUGCGCCUGUACCAGUUCCUGCUGGGGCUGCUGCUGAGAGGGGACAUGCGCGAGUGCGUGUGGUGGGUGGAGCCGGGCGCCGGCGUCUUCCAGUUCUCCUCCAAGCACAAGGAGCUGCUGGCUCGCCGCUGGGGCCAGCAGAAGGGCAACCGCAAGCGCAUGACGUACCAGAAGCUGGCGCGCGCGCUGCGCAACUACGCCAAGACGGGCGAGAUCCGCAAGGUCAAACGCAAGCUCACCUACCAGUUCGACAGCGCGUUGCUGCCAGCCACCCGGCGCGCCUGAGCACCCCGCUGGGACCCCUUUCUGGCCCCCAGGUCCCAGGGCCCCUGGAGCCCCGUCUGGGGCUGCCAGGGUCCUCAGCUCUCACCAGGGCCUCCCCCAGAGUCCCCUGUGCCAUAUAUGGGACAGGAUGGUCGUGUUUGAGGGGCUGUCUCAUGAACAUGUCAUUCUCCACGCUCCUAGCACGGCAGGUUUCUCCCUGGGGGCUCCUGGUGGUGGUUGCGGUUCCGGAAUCCACCUUGGUACUUCUUGCCGGAGCCGGGUGAUGACACACGUCAUCGUACCAGCAGGUGGCGCUGUCUACAGCCCCCCCCAAGCGCCGCACCCCCCACCCCGCUCCGUGUGUGUGUGUGUGUGUGUGUGUGUGUGUGUGUGUGUGUGUGUGUGUGUGUGUGUGUGUGUGUGUGUGUGUGUGUUGGGUGGGUGGGUGUCCCGCUGUGCUGCCCUGAAUCCCUUGUCAGAUUUGAGAUCUAGUUAUGUCUUUAUCUGGAGCCCUCUGAGAACCCUGUGCCAUCUAUGACUUUUCUCUGUGUCCACCUAUGACUUUAUUUGAAACAAGGUCUCACUAUGUAGCUCAGAGUGGCCCCCAACUUGUGAUAAUCCUCCUGCCUCAGCAUCCCAAGUGCUGGGAUUACAGGGGCACACCACCACACCAGGCUUGUUUCUUUUUUUUUUUUUUUUUU